AUGGCUUCUGGAUUCAUCGACUAUUCCAAGCGUCGUCGCGCAUCCGAUGCUGCCUCACAACGGGGUGACGACCUUGAGAGCAACGCAGAUGUUCCUACCCGCGCCGCACCACGUCGUGCCCAAGCAGAUGAUGCCUCUUUCCAAGAUGGAUCGGCCCAGUUCGACGGUCGCCAGGUCGAGCCAUCUCGGCCUCCGCGUGUCGAGAUCAGGAGAGACCCCGGCGCUCAAGAGUAUUAUCAUCGCGAUGAGAGACCUUUCUUCGACCCGACUUUCCCCGGUUAUCAGGAGGAAGCUCCGCUCGAGAUGCCCUUCUUCGACCACGUCGUUGCUGGCUAUGGAAACUACGGUACAUUCCAACGCAUCCGCCUCAACAUCCGACAGGCCAUCUCCUUUGUCCUCAGCACUGCCGCACUCGGCAUCGUUCUUGUCGCUGCUUACUUUGCCUACUUGAACCCCUUCAAAAAGUCUCCACCAAAGGCCAAAGCCGAUCGCGAAUACGAGCGCAGGAUCACCGGUGAGAGGGGUUCCGGAAGACCUGCUUACUAUGCCGAAUUCUGGGGUUACCAGUGCGACGAGCACGAAAUCGUCACCCAAGGCGGUUGGAUUCUCAAAGCUCAUCGCAUUUCAGACCCUCGUCGUAGCGGUGCAGUAGGUCAUCCUGUUGUUCUUCAACACGGUAUUCUUUGCAACUCGUCCCACUUUGUUGUCAACGAAGAACGUUCCAUGGCUUUCUGGCUCGUCGAUCAAGGUUUCGACGUUUGGAUCACCAAUAUCCGAUCCAACUUCAAAGCCGCUCAUACCCAAUAUACUCGACCCGAUCCACGUUUCUGGGCUUGGGGUCUUAAAGAGCUUGCCUUUGAUCUUGGCGAUCUUGUCGAUUACAUCACUGCUGCUACCGGUCGUCCUCAACUUGCCUAUGUUGGUCACUCGCAAGGUUCGGGAUCGAUGUACCUUGCUCUUAGUCCUGGUAUCUGUCCCCAAAUAGGCAACAAGCUUAGCUGCUUUGUUGCUCUUGGCCCCUCUGUCUAUGCUGGAUCGGUGUUGCGAAGGUUCCCGUUCUCAUUACUUCGUCAAUUCCGUUCGCGCAAGUGGUGGGGGUUGGUCUUUGGAGUUCGCGAGUUCAUGCCGGCUAUUGGUAUUGCACAGGAGUUCCUGCCUACCUUUUGGUUUGGUCAUAUUGCCUAUGUUAUCUUUGCGUUUUUGUUUGGUUUCCAUGAUCACAAUUGGCUUGGACGUCAAAAACCCAAGAUGUUUCGUACGGUUCCCAUCCCAACUUCUUCCGAACUUCUCUAUUGGUACAUGUCAGGUUUCUCCCACCGAGGAUGCAUUUUCGAUCCACGCAUUUCAGAUCCUUGGUUCCCAGCAAGUUUCCCACCGCAUUCCAUCUUCUACGGUGAUAUCGACUAUCUUGUACUUGGCAAACCUCUGGUUCAACGUAUUCAACGCAUCGAGAAAAACAUAGAGAUGAUUCAUACAGUCGAGUUGCAGAACUAUGAACAUCUCGAUAUGAUCUUUGGUGUCGACGCUUUCAGAACUGUCUUCCCCGCGAUUAAAGAUACCAUCUUACAGACCAUCAACCCGCAGCAGUUGGCUCCAGAAAUGUCGGAGCGCCCUUGUCCAUACUAA